AAGAGGAUGAGACUUUGGGAGAGAGACAUACCCGAAAAAACUCAAAAACCCAUCACAGAGAAGAAAGAAAGAAAAUAUAAACUGUGUGGGUAAACCCAAGUAGCUCUCCAGAAAACCUCUUCUUCCUCGAUCUCAUGAAUCCCCAGAAAACAGAGGAAGAUCUCUUCCACCACCACCAUUUCCACCACCACCUCCACAACCAUGAUCUGGACCCACCGCCCGCGAUCGUCCAAUCCCAGCCGUCCAUCAACGACGUCGUCGUCGAGCCCUUGUUCACUCCCCUCCCCGAAAUCGACCUCUUCCGCUCCUCCUCCCCCUCCUCCUCCCCGGCCCACUCCUCCUCCGAAAACGACGACGUUUCCAACCCUAACCCUAGCGAGGUAACCGCCGUGAAAUCCACGCCUCUCUACAUCAGCCCGGAGCCGCACAUCUCGUCGCAGUUCUACACCUUCAACCUGGAGUCCCACUCCCUGAUGAUCCGCUGCCUCAUGGAGGCCCGCCUCGCGACGCCGGCCGAGAUCCGCGACGCCACCCCCGGCGACGUCCUCAAGUCGUGGCGCGCCGUCUGGAAGGACCGGAACGAGGACACGGCUUACGUCACGGCGUGGAAGCGCAUCCAGGACAAGCUCUCGGCGCACCUGGACCAAAACGGUAACGAGUUUCUGUGCUUCAAGAACAAUACUCAGCAAUUCGUUUCGCACAUUAAUCAGUGGCAGGAUAUUGUUAUGGCUUUUCAUAGUGACACCGAUUUGAAACACCUGGGGCUUAAGGAAACUAUUGAUCGGAUUAAGCAGGUCUGGACUGUAGGUGCUAAGUUUUACGGCAUUCCCGAGAGUUACAUUAGGGUCUGUGUCGCCGCCUGCCCCGUGUGUUCCUCCGCCUCGUCGGGGCUCUCGGCCAGGAACAAGCGGCGGCGGUUUGAGUAUACCGAGUCGUUUGAUGUGCCGGCCAAGGAGGUGCCGCAUAAGCUUCAGCAGUUGGCUGCGAAGCAUAAGGUGGUGCUCUGCAUUAGGCAGAAGUAUAUUAGGUAUAAGCCGUUUAUGGCUGAGGUUAAGGACUAUGCUUGCCACAGGGCGGGCGAGCCGGCUGCUAAGAAGAGUAAGAUACUGAAGAGGGAGCCGUAUGCGUCGAAGCGGUGCGGUUGUGGGUUCAGGAUUAGGGCUAUUGUUCCUAUUACGAAUUAUAACGAGAAGGACAAGACGUUUGUGUAUCAAGAAGAGGGGGUGGCCGUGUUUAAACUGUAUGCGGUGCAUUCGGGGCAUGAGCCGGGGCCGUUGGAUGGGAAUGCGAGGAUUAUGCAUCGUGUUGUGGGGAACAAAGGUGGGUUUUUGAUGGAUCAAGAAACUGUGUAUGGGGUAAGUGAUGAGUUUGAUAGUGAGGGGUUUGGAUUGUUGGGGAAGGAGGAAGGGGAUUUGCACCAUUCAGUUUUGCAGCAGGUGAAGGAGUUGAGAGCUGAAGUUGGGUGUUUAGAAGAGAAACUUACAAAAAUCCCACAAGAGCUUUUGGGAUCAGUGUCUCGAGAAUUGUUUGAUAUUAUGAAUAAAGUUAGACAUAUAGGCGAGGGAAGUUCGAAGACGAUGGGUUUGCUCCAGGACAAGCCAGAAUCAGAUGAUAUUUUGGUGGGGGAGAAUGAUUUGGCACAUUGGGACCACCAUGAACGGCUAUAUGGAGAUGGACAGGAUGCUGAUUUGAUUGAGGAUGAUGAAGAUAGUUUUGGGCGAACUCUUGGGGAUGUUGUCCCUUGGGAGCAGAUGAGGACAGAAUGUAGGAGUCAGAAGGAUCUGAUCAGUGAGGCUUGUAAGCCUGGGAAGUGGUUGAAAUGCAGUGACUUUGACGAAAAGAGCAUCCUUGAUUGCCAGGAUACUAAACUAACCAAGCCCUUAUCACAAGACGAGAGUAUAGUGACAGAUGUAGGUCUUAUUGGUUUACAGGUUGAUAGCUUCUACCAAGGGAGUUCUAAAUGGUAUGAUUCUCCUUGUGGGCUAGACCCAGGUGCAGAUUGUGGGGAUAGUGCGUUCAGGCAUGGGGGGAUUGUUUAGUCUCUGGACAAGUUGGUAAGUCCUUCUAACCUAGUCAUGAGUGUAUUUUAUCCCUUCCCCAAGUUGGAAGUGGGUUGUACAUCUUGUAUACAGAAAUUGUAGCCUCUCACUUGCUUUAGGCUCCUUUACUGUGUGUUGUUAUGUAAAGUAACGCCAAUUGAGUUUUUAUGCACAUAACUUUUCCU